AUGAGGGAGGGCCAGCACGUUCUGAUCAACAUUCCCCGUGGAGCGAGCGCCCAGAAGGCCCUGCUCCGCGUGCAGGCCAGCGCGCGUCGCCUGGGUGGGUACUGCGCGGACAUCUACUUCCAGGAGCUGAACGUCACAGGGUCCUGGGCAGAGGCGAGACAGGCUGGGGGGUAUCGUUACAGCGCAUCGCAGGCAGACAGCGAGACUCCAGAAUGGGUUGCCUUUGGCAACGUUGACCUGAAAGUCGUCCAUGGACUCACGGACAGCGGCGUUCGCUAUUUGAACGUGUACGUGAAGCAUUUGGGCCGAUCAGGGCUUGUCGUGGGCGGCUUACUGGGAGAAGACGACCACGCCGACGUCAUCACUCCCCCGGAGGCGUGUGCAAAGCAUUUGGCUCUGGUGGACAACCUGGAAGGAGACUUCAGGGCCCCCGCUGUGCGGUCAGAGGCAGUCGCGAGCCUCGCGUGA